AUGGUGCUGCUCCGCCUCCGCGGCUCCGCCCUUGGGCUCCGGCCUCCGUCGUCCGUCCUCUACUCCACUCCACCGCCGGCGCCGAAGCUCCGCCGUGUCAAGAAAGAUGUUGUGUUUUGCUUUGCAUGCUACUUGUUCAAAAAUAAAGAAAGUAAGGGAAAGGGGACUGCUGCAUUUACUGUGAAAGGUUGGAAAAACUGGAAUAUAGGAGAGAAUGCACUUUUGAAACAUGCACAUUCUAAGGCACAUAAGGCAGCCCAAGAGAAAUACCUUGAUUUUCUGAAUCCUGAUGCAACAAUUGAUGAUAAAAUUGAGAAGUGGAGUGCUGAGGAUCGUCAUCUCUAUAAGAAAAGGCUGACUUAUUCACUUCGAUGUUUGAAGUUUCUUUUGCAUCAAGGAUUAGCAUUCCAUGGACAUGAUGAAAGUGCAGAGUCUAGCAAUAGAGGUAACUUCAUUGAACUUUUGAAAUUUGUUGCUGCACAUAGUGAAGAGGUGAACAAGUAUGUUCUAAACAAUGCUCCAAGUAAUUGCACUUUGACUAGCCCAAUGAUACAAAAGCAGAUUAUUCAGUGUUGUGCCAUAGAAACUAGAAAGAAAAUAAUUGGAGAACUUGGUGAAGAGCCCUUUGCAAUUUUAGUAGAUAAGUGUAGUGACAUAUCACAUAAAGAACAACUAGCUCUUUGCUUGCGUUAUGUUGAUGCAUUGGGAAGGCCAUGUGAGAACUUUCUUGGAGUUGUUCAUAUAGAUGAUACUACCUCUUUGUCACUUAAAGAUGCAAUUGAAGCUUUACUUGUUAGUCAUGGCUUGACAUUGACACGAAUUCGUGGUCAAGGUUAUGAUGGGGCUAGCAACAUGAGAGGAGAUAUUAAAGGGCUGAAAACAUUGAUUAUGCAAGAGUCACCUUCUGCUUAUUAUAUCCAUUGCUUUGCACAUCAACUCCAACCAGUUCUUGUUGCUGUUGCCAAGGGAAAUAAUGAGUGUGUUUGGUUUUUUGAUCAAGUGUCUCUCUUGCUGAAUAUUGUUGGAGUCUCUUGUAUGCGUCAUGGCAUGCUUCGAGAUGCUAGGAUUGAGAAUCUCAUGAGAGCACUUGAUUGUGGUGAACUUGAAACUGGAAGUGGAUUAAAUCAAGAGAUGGGGUUGGCUAGGCCCGGUGACACUCGGUGGAGCUCUCAUUACAAGGCUGUAUGCAACAUCAUUGCUAUGUAUCCUAUAAUCCGUGAAGUUCUUUUCACUCUUGGAGAGAAUACUACUGUUAGAGCUGAUUGGACAAAGAUACAUACCAUGCUUGGUGCAUUUGAGUCAUUUGACUUUAUUUUUUGUUUACACUUAAUGUUUACUAUUCUUGGAUACACAAAUGAUUUGUCAGAGUGUUUGCAAAGAAGGGAGCAAGAUAUUCUUAAUGCAAUCACACUUGUUAAAGAGGCAAAGAAAAGAAUGGAACACUUAAGCAAUCAUGGUUGGGAUCAAUUUCUUGAUAGGGUCACUUUAUUUUGCAACAAGCAUGGUGUCCAAGUUCCUGCUAUGGAGGCCUUUGAUCCUUCCAACUCAUUUGUUUCAUUUGAUGCACAGAAGCUACGUAGACUAGCUGAGUUCUAUCCUAAUGAAAUAUCAAGCACUGAAUUGCUAAAACUGGACUUGCAACUUGACAAUUUUAUUGAUGUCCUAAGAGAAGAUGAUGACUUCAAAGACCUAUACAAUCUUGUUGAUCUCUCAGUUAAGCUUGUUGAAAAAAAAGACAUAAGGUCAAGUGUUGAAAGAGCAUUCUCUGCAAUGACUUUUGUCAAAUCUAAAUUGAGAAACAAGAUGGGUGAUAGUCUUUUGGAUGAUUGUCUUGUCACAUACAUUGAGAAGGACUUUUUCUUUGAAGUGGAUGAAGAAGACAUAAUUCAAACUUUUAUGGACUUGAGGAAGCGUAGGCCAAAUAAGAAAACAUAG